GCGUCAAGCGGUUGAUGCUUCGCGCACGCGCACUAACAGCGGUGUCCGGGUUUGUGUUUACGGCGCUUCUGCAGGUUCCGUCAAACCUCAACAGGAGAAACAGCAGCAAAAAAAAAAACCUCGAGAAAGAAGGUGAUUCGACUCGCUGAGUGUCAUUCAUGAGUGCGCCAGGUUCGGUGUAGCAGUCAUGGAUGACAUGACCUCCGUGGGGAAAAUUAGUGCCUCCUCUGACUCUGUGUCCACCCUGAACAGUGAGGACUUUGUCCUAGUGUCCCGCCUCGGGGACGAGACCCCGUCUACUAAUAACGGCAGUGACGAUGAAAAAACAGGCCUGAAGGUGAUUUCUGAGGAAGGGGUCAGCUUUAAGAUUGUAGGCAACGGCAGUGAGCAGCAGUUACAGAGGGAGCUUGAGGAUGUGCUGAUGGACCCGUCGGUGGCUGACGUGACUCAUGGAUCGGACCACGUGGGUGGGGGGGGUCAGGGCUACCCCACCACUGCGGCUCCGCCUCGACCCUGUCCUGUUCCCCCUAAACUGGAGAUCGUACUGCCCGUUCAGGGAGCUCAACAGGUUGAGGGCCCGGGGAUGAUGAGCCCGGGGACGAUGAACCCGGGGACGAUGAGCCCGGGGAUGAUGAGCCCAGGGACGCCGCUGCUGGACGAGGACAGCGUGGUGUUCAGUAAGCUGACGUACCUGGGCUGUGCGUCGGUUAACGCCCCCCGCAGCGAGGUGGAGGCGCUGCGUAUGAUGAGCAUUCUUCGCAGCCAGUGCCAAGUGCCCCUUGAUGUCACACUGUCUGUACCUGGAGUCUCUGAGGGAACUGUCAGGUUGUUAGACCCUCAAAGUGGGACUGAGAUCUCGAACUAUCCCAUCUAUAAGAUCCUGUUCUGUGUUCGGGGUCAUGACGGGACUCCAGAGAGCGACUGUUUCGCGUUUACUGAGAGCCACUACAAUGCCGAGAUCUUCCGCAUCCACGUCUUCCGCUGCGAGAUCCAAGAAGCGGUCAGCAGAAUACUCUACAGCUUUGCCACAGCUUUCCGGCGAUCGGCCAAUAAGGCAUCGCUCACAGCUCAGGCUCCGCCCCUCACGCCGGACAGCGAUGUUUUCACCUUCACCGUCAGUCUGGAGAUCAAAGAGGAUGAUGGGAAGGGAACCUUCAGCGCCGUGUCAAAGGACAAGGACAGACAGAGCUUCAAGCUUCGUCCCGGAAUGGACAAGAAGAUCGUCAUCUACGUCCAACAGACGUCUAACAAAGAGCUGGCCAUCGAGAGGUUCAUGUUUGGUCUCCUCUUAAGCCCAGGGAAGAAUGUGAGGAACAGUGACAUGCACUUGUUAGAUCUGGAGUCGAUGGGGAAGAGUUCAGAUGGGAAAUCUUACAUCAUUACAGGGAGCUGGAAUCCCAACACUCCUCAGUUUCAGGCUGUCAAUGAAGAGACACCUAAAGAUAAGUUCAUGUACAUGACGACGGCGGUGGAUCUCGUGAUCACGGAGGUGGAGGAGCCGGUGCGCUUCCUGUUGGAGACGCGUGUGAGGGUGUGUCCACCUACCGACAGGCUCUUCUGGCCUUUUAGCAAACGCAGUUUCACCGAGACCUUCUACUUAAAACUGCGACAGCUGGAGAGGAAGAGUAACACGGACACGCUGUACGAGGUGGCGAGUUUGGAGAGCGAGACGGAGCGAGAGAGGAAGAAAACGACGGCGAGCCCCGGCAUCCUGUCCUCCGCUUCACACGGCUCCAUGGUGCCAUCACCUCCUGAGGAUGACGAGGAGGAAGAUAACGACGAGCCGUUGCUGAGUGGUUCUGGAGACGUGUCUAAAGAGUGCGCUGAGAAGAUUUUGGAGACGUGGGGAGACCUGCUGUCCAAAUGGCACCUGAACCUGGCUGUACGCCCCAAAACGCUCCCGGCGCUUGUCCGCAGUGGCGUCCCUGAAGCCCUCAGGGGGGAGGUGUGGCAACUUCUGGCUGGUUGCCACAACAACGACCAUCAGGUGGAGGAGUACCGCACGCUCAUUACAAAGGAAUCGCCUCAGGACAGUGCCAUCACUCGAGACAUUAAUCGCACUUUUCCAGCACACGACUACUUUAAGGACACAGGAGGCGACGGUCAGGACUCACUGUACAAGAUCUGUAAGGCGUACUCGGUGUACGAUGAAGAGAUCGGAUACUGUCAGGGCCAGUCCUUCCUGGCUGCUGUGCUGCUGCUACACAUGCCGGAGGAACAGGCAUUUAGCGUUCUGGUGAAGAUCAUGUUUGACUACGGUCUCAGGGAACUCUUCAAACAGAACUUUGAAGACCUACACUGCAAGUUCUUUCAGCUGGAGAGACUCAUGCAGGAAUACAUCCCAGAUUUGUACUCUCACUUCUUAAGUAUAGGUUUAGAAGCGCACAUGUACGCCUCCCAGUGGUUCCUCACGCUCUUUACAGCCAAGUUUCCUCUCUACAUGGUGUUUCACAUCAUCGACCUGCUGCUCUGUGAGGGGAUCAGUGUCAUAUUUAAUGUAGCUCUGGCUUUACUGAAGACGUCGAAGGAUGAUCUUCUGCAGGCCGACUUUGAGGGAGCGCUGAAGUUCUUCCGUGUGCCCGUGCCUAAACGAUACCGCUCUGAAGAGAACGCCAAGAAGCUCAUGGAGCUAGCAUGUAGCAUGAAGAUCAGUCAAAAGAAACUGAAAAAGUAUGAGCGAGAGUAUCACACGAUGCGAGAGCAACAGGAACAGCAAGAGGCCCCGAUUGAGAGAUAUGAGAGGGAGAAUCGGCGUCUUCAGGAAGCCAACAUGCGUCUGGAGCAGGAGAACGAUGAUCUCGCUCACGAGCUGGUCAGCAGUAAGAUCUCACUCAGGAAAGACCUGGACAAUGCAGAGGAGAAGGCCGACGCCUUAAACAAAGAGCUCCUCAUCACGAAACAGAAGCUGAUUGACUCUGAGGACGAGAAGAGACGGCUGGAGGACGAAGCGGCUCAGCUGAAGGAGAUGUGCCGAAGGGAGCUGGACAAAUCGGAGCUGGAGAUCAAAAAGAACGGAUCCAUCAUCGGUGAAUACAAACAGAUCUGCUCCCAGCUGAGUGAAAGACUUGAGAAACAGCAGACGGUUAACAAAGGAGAGCUGGAGAAGAUCCGAGUGAAGGUGGAGGGCUGUGAGAAGUGCAGUGUGCUCUUCAGUAAAGAGGGCCGGCUGAAGACUCUGAGAGUUCCCAAAGAGCUGAAUGAGGACGAGACUGAUGAGGAGAAAGAAGCUCUGCAGGUGCAGCUCAGGGAGAUGGAGCUGGAACUCGCUCAGACUAAACUGCAGCUGGUGGAGGCCGAGUGCAAAAUCCAGGAUCUGGACCACCAUUUGGCACUGGCACUCAACGAAGUGCAAGCAGCUAAAAAGACCUGGUUCAACCGAACCUUAAGCUCCAUUAAGACGGUGACGGGAGCUCAGGGCAAAGAGACCACCUGAAACUCCUCUCUCUGUCUGUCUCUCUGUUUGUCUCUCUGUUUGUUUCUCUGUCUCACCCUGGGUCAGUGUGAUGAACCUCCACAGGACCCAAACAAAAUAUUUUUUUUUUUUUUUGUAAAAAAAGAUUCAGAUCUUUACAUAGUCGAAACAAAACACUCUGAGCAUUCUAAAGCAGAGGGGCGCUAGGCUUUAUACUACUGACACACACACACACACACACACACACACACACACACACACACACACACACCAUUAACACCACACUUAAGCUACUGUUCUACUCCAGACUACUUGCACAAACUAAACAGCGAAAAAACAUCAACAAACUAACAGCCUUUCGAAAAGACGAGCUUUUAUAAUUUCCGUUUGAUGAAUUUAUGUGGACGUCGGAUUAAUGUGUGUGCGUGUGUGUGCGUGUGUGCGUGUGUGUGCGUGUGUGUGUGCGUGUGUGUGCGUGUGUGUGCGUGUGUGUGUGUGUGCGUGCGCUCAAUAUAGAAUUAUUGUGCCAUUGACUGAGUGACUGCAUACGAGAGCGAUUCCCAUCAUCUAAGAAAAGAGACAAAGCACAUUUACAUUAUUGAGAGAAAAAGUAAUGGCACCCCUCCUUCCCGGGCGUUUGCGAUGUACACUAAAGAGACGAGCGAUGAGACGAUGAUAAACACUCCCUCGGUUUAUUCGAAGCUCCUUUUCAGAUUAAAGGUGCCAUUAGUGAUUAUUGUUUUUUUUUAAAGUCUGUAUUUAUAAACUGAUAUUUACUCAGACGAGUUUCCUGAGUCUCAGACUGUAAAUAUGAUGUGUGUAAUAAAAAUAAAUGUGGGCCACUAAUUUCUGACCAAUCAGAAAAAAAGAGGCGUGUCUAAGCGAGUUAUGUAAAGCUCCGCCUCUGGAGCAGGCAUGUUUGGAUGGCGUUGUUUUGUUUAAUCGCCGGGUUUAAACGUGAGCGCUUAUUGAGCACGAGCUCGCAUGCUAGUUUAAUCCCUUGUGAUUAGCGUUAGCGUCAGAGGAAUUUAGAGAGUUGUGUCCUUAAAGCACUUAUAUACAGUGGGGAUGAGGGAUGAUGCUCACACACACACACACACACCAUUAACACCACACUUAAGCUACUGUUCUACUCCAGACUACUUGCACAAACUAAACAGCGAAAAAACAUCAACAAACUAACAGCCUUUCGAAAAGACGAGCUUUUAUAAUUUCCGUUUGAUGAAUUUAUGUGGACGUCGGAUUAAUGUGUGUGCGUGUGUGUGCGUGUGUGUGCGUGUGUGUGCGUGUGUGCGUGUGUGUGCGUGUGUGUGUGCGUGUGUGUGUGUGUGUGUGUGCGUGCGCUCAAUAUAGAAUUAUUGUGCCAUUGACUGAGUGACUGCAUACGAGAGCGAUUCCCAUCAUCUAAGAAAAGAGACAAAGCACAUUUACAUUAUUGAGAGAAAAAGUAAUGGCACCCCUCCUUCCCGGGCGUUUGCGAUGUACACUAAAGAGACGAGCGAUGAGACGAUGAUAAACACUCCCUCGGUUUAUUCGAAGCUCCUUUUCAGAUUAAAGGUGCCAUUAGUGAUUAUUGUUUUUUUUUAAAGUCUGUAUUUAUAAACUGAUAUUUACUCAGACGAGUUUCCUGAGUCUCAGACUGUAAAUAUGAUGUGUGUAAUAAAAAUAAAUGUGGGCCACUAAUUUCUGACCAAUCAGAAAAAAAGAGGCGUGUCUAAGCGAGUUAUGUAAAGCUCCGCCUCUGGAGCAGGCAUGUUUGGAUGGCGUUGUUUUGUUUAAUCGCCGGGUUUAAACGUGAGCGCUUAUUGAGCACGAGCUCGCAUGCUAGUUUAAUCCCUUGUGAUUAGCGUUAGCGUCAGAGGAAUUUAGAGAGUUGUGUCCUUAAAGCACUUAUAUACAGUGGGGAUGAGGGAUGAUGCUCACACACACACACACACACACUCUGGGAAAUUGGGAGCACAAAUAUGUGGUCGUCUCAGACCGUGUGUGUGUAUAAUACACUGUGGGUUUUUAGGUUUUUGCACCUUACAGACAUAUUUAUAACAGAAUCUGGUUUAUUUGAGUUUGAUGUCACAGGAAACCCCUUUUUUCCUCUAAAUAAUAAUUAAAACGUGGGGGUCACGUCACGAGGCACUGGCGGCUUGUUGUACAUAAAAAAAAGCAUUAAAGGAUUUUGUUUGUUUUGUUUGUUUUAUUUUGUAUUUCUACUUCAUGAUGUCACUAAUGUUGUUUUAAUGUCCAACUGCUGUCUGAUUUAUUACACGCCAAAAACCCUCUCCCUCGUCCAGCGCUGCGUGUGUGUGAACAUGAACAUGCUAAUAGUGUAGCUGCAUUGUGUAAACUUCAUCCAUUUCAAUAUAAAGCUACCUAACACAAAUACAUCGGCUUUGUGUGUGUGUGUGUGUGUGUGUGUGUGUGUGUGUGUGUGUGUGUUUGGAUUAUUUCUCUAUGUACGUAUUUAGGUGCUUCAUCAAAACUGAUGUCUGUGGGGACGAGGUAGAAAUAAAAACAGAUGUUUGUUUCAA